AUGGCACCAACAAAUACAGAACAGUCCUUCCGGUCCAAUAUCUCACAGUUUCGCUGGGCGCGGGAUCAACAGCAGCAGCAGCAACAAGAACAACAAGGCAGCGGGGCGGGCGGUGCCUUUGGGAGGUUCUACUCCAGUAUCGGGAUUAGCGACUACGUUCCUCUACGAAGCAAUGAGAGGAGCAACGAGGACGAGGCGUAUUUUGCUCUCAGUCGAUGGGAACGAUUACUAGGAUUCGUCGGUUGUCUAGUUGGUGCGGCGGUCUGCUUCGCCGUGGCCUUCUUCACUUUACCAUUGCUCGCACUACGUCCCGCAAAGUUCGCACUGGCGUUCAGUUUGGGAAGUCUGCUGGUCAUGUUUGGAUUUGCGGUGCUCAUUGGUCCUGUCAAUCACAUCAAACAUCUCUGUCAGCGCGAGCGCUUGCCGUUCAGCGCCGCGUAUAUUGGUAGCCUCGCGCUGACACUCUACUUUGCACUUGGGCCUCACUCCUACAUUGGUUCUCUAGUAGGCGCCAUCAUCCAGGUUGCCGCACUGCUCAGCUACGUCCUCGCGUACUUCCCCGGAGGCGUACAAACGUUACGUUUUGGCGGAAGUAUGGCACUACGCGGUGCGGGGAGCUUAUUGCCGUUCUGA